CAAAUUCCCAAAUUCAAAAUCGAUGUCCCUCCCUCCGGCUCCAUUUCCAUCGCCGGAUACCUUCGACCAUCACUCCUUCCACUCACCGUCGCUGUGGAACAAUGGCCGCCACUGCCGAUGCUAUCUUCUCAACCGUCGCCUCGGACAUCAAAUCCUACUCCGGCAAUGAUCCUCUUCUCCCCUGGCUCCGGGGAGUCAAGAAACUGAGGGAAUCUCUGCCUCCAACUCUGCUUAAAGCGAAGCUUCCUCGCCUCUUGCAGAAAUGCGCUCAGAAAUUCGAGUCCGAUAAGCGCUACAAGAACGAUCCUCGCUAUCUUCGCGUUUGGUUGCAGCUGAAGAUGGAUUAUGUGGAUGAGCCAAGAUUGCUAUUGAGAACCAUGGAGAAGAAUCAGAUAGGGAUGAAGAGGUCAUUGUUUUACCAGGCAUAUGCUUUGUGCUAUGAAAAGAUGAAGAAAUAUGAGGAGGCGGAGAAGAUGUACCAUUUGGGUGUGCAGAACCUUGCUGAGCCUGUGAAUGAGUUGCAAAGAUCGUAUGAACAGUUCCUCCAUCGUAUGCAAAGACACAAGACCAAGAAAUCCCAGAACACCUUAAGAGCUGAUAAAAGACCUAUGUCAGCUGCUGUGAGGACUGAUGAGAACAAUGAGAAUGUAUGCACCACUAAAGCCGAAGGGAAACAGAUUCCAGAUGGAAGAUCUGGAAAUGUGAAGAAGCCUUUGGAGGAAUCUAACCGCCAUGGAUCAAAUGGAAACAGCAGCCGGAAUGGUGGGUUUGAAGUCUAUGUGGAUUCAAACGAGGCCGUUGGUGGAACCAAGCUAUUGAGCAAACCAGAAAAGAAAGAGCCUCUUCAUAUAUUGAUUGACGAUGAAGAGCAACAAGUGGCUGAAUGCUGCGAAGAAGAAGACGAGGAAGAAGAAGACUCCCCUUUCGUGUUCACAUGUCCGCAGGAUCUUUCAGCAUCUGAAGAUGGGUGCUCGAGAUCCCCAAGAAACAAACUUAUGAGGGAGGAUACAGUGGUCCGUCGGUUUGUUGGGUCCACCAUUUUGAAUGAACCGGAAGUGGAGAAUGUUUGUCACCAUGGGUUGGUUGAUCCCACAGUGAACUUGAAGGAAGCCAUGGAAGACAUCAACAACAUGUUUGGGAAGCCCAUAGACUUUGUAAGGGCCAGGAGAACAAGGCAGCCAGCGCAGCAACCACAUGAAGAAGAAGAAGAACAACAACUUGGUGGUGGUGGGUUUUUUAUACUGCCUGAUGAUGAUGAAUCUGAUGGAAGACAAAACCAGCCAAUGAAGAAACAAGAAGAACAACUUGGUGGUGGGUUCUUUAUUCUGCCUGAUGAUGAUGAUGUUGCUGAUCAUAAACAAAAUCAUAAAGGCAAGAAGAGGCAAGAAGAAGUUGGUGGGUUCUCGAUAUUGCCGGAUGAUGCCGAUGCUAAUCAUCCUCAACAGAGCAAAAAACCAGCAUCAUCUGACACAAGGGGAUCAGACCUGUUUGAGCCGACUGUAUGCACUAAACAGGCAAUGGAUGACAUUAACAAGUUGUUUGGGAUGCCACUGGACUUUUAGCCCUUAGCAGGGAAACUGGCUUCUUCUCCUUGUUGAAACUAAUUUCAUUUUCUCGAGAUGGUAACAUUUGCCCUUUGUACUACUGCUUCUUGUAGAAGCCUUGAAGUCUCAAGUUUAUGAAGAUUAACACUCUGCUGUUUGCCUGUUUGGGAUGCCACUGGAUGCUAUUGACUUUGCAGGCUAUUAAUGGGUUAUAGGGAAUAAUGUAAGGAGGUCAGAAAGACAAGAGAGACUAAACACCCUGCUAAAAAGAUUCAACUCAUUCGAAUGCGG